AUGUCGUUGUCCAAGCCGUCUGCAAAACGCAGAGUUGAAGACGAGAAGCGGCUCUUUCAAGAGCGAUGGGAACUAUCCUAUUUCUUCACGGAAUCGCGAGACAAGGUGGUGUGUUUAACUUGUCAUCAGACUGUAGCUGUGCACAAGGAAUACAAUGUGCGACGUCACUUCAUGUCAUGCCAUCAAGAGAAGUAUGAAGCCCUCAUUGGAAAGAUCCGCGUGAACACGGUGUUCCAACUUAAGGCGUCGCUGGGAAAACAGCGAGACCUCUUCCAAAAGGCGGUCAAAACAAGUGACGAAACGGUGAGAGCUAGUUUUAUUGUUUCCGAUCUUAUCGCCAAAUCGUCCAAGCCAUUUACUGAUGGCCUGUUCAUAAAAAAGUGUCUGCUUGAGGUUGCUGACACUGUCUGUCCCAGCAUGAAGAAGACAUUUGAGAAGAUAAGCCUUUCCCCAAACACAGUGGCAGAAAAAAUUAAUGAGCUCAGUGAAAACGUCGAGAAAGAAUUAUUCACCAGAUGCAACGGCUUCAACGCAUUCUCAAUCGCCGUCCACGAGAGCACUGAUGUUACUGACAACGCUCAGUGCGCCAUUUUUGUAAGGGUCGUAAACAAAAAUUUGGACGUCACAGAAGAACUCUUGGACCUAGUGCCAAUGAAAGGAACAACCACAGGUGCUGAUAUUGUUUCCGCCCUCGAACGAGUGGUUGAUCGUGCUGGGCUGCCAUGGGAGAAGUUGGUGUGCCUCGCAAACGACGGCGCACCGUCAAUGGUGGGAAAGAAAAGCGGCCUUGUCGGACGAUUGAGGACGAAACUCACUGGACGGGAUAUCAUGCAAGUGGACGAUGUUGCACCUGAACUACAGAUGGAACUGCUUGAACUGCAAGCGAACACUCUACUCAAGCAGAAGUUUGAGGACAUCGGAGUCCCGAAGUUUUACAAGUUCCUCGACGAGGAAAACUUUCCCUCGCUGCGCCAACAAGCAGUAAGGAUAAUCGCCAUGUUCGGGAGCACGUACUUGUGCGAGCAACUGUUUUCCUUGCUAAAGGACUAA